AUGAUUGACAGAGGAGACAARAAAUUAUGGGUUUGCAAACUGAUCUUAGUAGCGUUUCGGCCUGAGGGGCCGAAACAAAAAGUGAAGCUCACGCUUUAUGCAGGUGCUGUCAAGAUAAAAGUUCCAGUUCAUUCGGAAGACUAUCAGGAAACACCCUAUCUCUAUGGAUUUGGAGGCGGCCGAGGCGGCCGUGCAYUUUCGCCAAUUAGUGGGAACCUAGAAAACGAUCCAGAUUCAAGCGACGAUCCAGAUUCAAGCGACGAUCCAGAUUCAAGCGACGAUCCAGAUUCAAGCGACGAUCCAGAUUCAAUAAGCGAUGUGUCUAUUCUAGACGAUCCAGAUUCAAGCGAUGUUUACAGGAUGAAAAGUAACCCCAGAGGAUUGAUGGUCAUCGUUAACAUCAAGAAAUUUGUAGACCCUACACAUAAGGAUAAAGAACAGCUUGAAAGAAAAUUAAUCGAGCGAAACGGAUCUGAAAAAGGUGUUAAUGAUCUAGCUGACCUUUUCAGCAGAUAUUUGAAUUUCAAAGUUUGUACCAUCAUAGACAAACCAAGAAAUGAACUUUUGGUAGAACUGCGAAGGUUUGCUGAAAACUCUGCCUACAAAGAUUACGACUGUCUUGCAGUAUGCAUCAUGAGUCCAGGACACGAAAACGACGUCGACGUAUUCUACGCACACGAUGGAAACACAAUCAAUGUCUCAGCUGUUUGUAACAUGUUCUCCAACUCGAACUGUGAGGUUUUUCGCAACAAACCAAAACUAUUUUUCGUACAAUUAUGUCAUAGUYCGUUUWUUGCUUGUUCCGUAUCUCAGAGCGAAAGGAGAAGUGGGUUCUUUGAAUUUYUCGAUUUUGCAAAGAUUAAUGAACAAGGAUCAUCAGCAAAGAGCAAAUAUCUYGAUACAGUAGACRUGCUCAUCGCUUACUCCUCGAGUUUUGACACCCCAUACCGACGAAUGGGGAAAAACAUGUCAUUUGGUAAAAAGAWAAAAAGAAUGAAAGAAGAACGUAAUUUYAUCCAAAACUUGGUUUCUGUUUUCAGAAAAUAUGCAGACAAGGAGGAUAUUAUGCGCAUGAUGACAAGAGUUAACAGAAAAUYACGCAAUGUACAUAGGUUUCCUUACWGGAUACUAACACCAGCUCCAAAUUCAACACUUCGUAAAAAACUGUAUUUCUGGCCAACGAUCAAUUUUGGUAGACAAGCGAUAAAAGGAAUACAUGAGAAUUUGGAAUCUUYAGAAAAAGCAAGUGACAUCAAGGCACAAUCAUUUGGGGAAAGUUCCACAUUGCAGGAGAAACUGCUCGCUAUAGAGCAGCCUAUGAAAUUGGACCAGAAACUAUUUUUGGUAGACGAGCGAGGUGGAUGGUUCGAUGUUUUUAGCCACGGCUUCCUCCUUYACGUUCCAGGAGAUACCUUUAACGAGACGCAUCGUUUAAUUGUCAACCAUCUACGUCUAGAAGAUACMAUCUCUUCUCCAGCUAAAGACAUGGAGGCUGUUGUGAGCUUCAUMAUAGCACUAGGACCGACUGAUACAAUUCUUCAAAAACCUGUCACUGUCACGCUAGUGCACUCUGGACCUGUAGGAGUACCUGRAUAUGAAAACAUUGUAAUGGCGUUUGAUGCAAACACGCAAAAAUGGAAAGAACUGCAAGAAGUCGAAGACAAAUCGCUGCUCCCCCCUGAAGACAGUUCAACAAAUUUCAUUCAAGUCCGACUGACCAAACUGACUGCAGUAACAGUGGUUUCYAGACUMRUYACAGACUCAUUCAAGGUCCCUGAGAGCGGAAAUGUUGUCAGGUCUUCCGUAUGUCAAGACGUCACACUGGAGUUUCUUGAAGGAGCUGUUAAUAAACCCAUAAAGGGAAGUUUAAAGGURCUUCCACCACCUAGUACGCUACCCAAAGACAUGGCGAAUGUACAACUUUCACCCAUGAUAAUUGUCGAUGGCUUCGAKGGKRUCACUUUAUCYAAGGCCGCUAUCUUAACUCUGCCUCAYCCUUGUCCUUCUAAAYGUCUUUCGGAGRAARUACACGUGAUGUGUUUCAAGGACAACCAGUGGAAUGAUAUCACGGAAAGCGUGCAGUACUCGGAAAUGAGCGAAUCAAKGAUUGAGAUACGUAUCAACCAUUUUAGCUAUUUGGUGCUGGCGAUCGGACCACCGUUGAUUGGUCUUUCCCUUUACGCUUUUUGCAAAUGGUGAAGUGCUACACCUCAAAGCAUUCGUUUUGUCGCUCACAA